AUGAUACACGAAGGCACGAGGCAGGAAAGAAGAUCAGGCUUUUUCAUGGAAGAAACAAACACGAAGACAGCAGAAGAUGUUGAGACCGUUGAUGUUUAUACGGCAAAAGGUUUGCUUAGUGUUGAUCAUCGAUAUCUUGAUGUUAGGACUAAUGAAGAAUUCGCGAAGAGCCACUUUGAGGAUGCCUUGAACAUUCCUUAUAUGUUCAAAACAGAUGAAGGUAGGGUUGUGAAUCCUGACUUUCUUUCUCAAGUGGCAUCAGUUUGCAAGAAGGAUGAGCAUUUGAUCGUGGCUUGUAACGCUGGAGGAAGAGGAAGUCGUGCUUGCGUUGAUCUUCUCAAUGCGGGGUACCAGCAUGUGGCUAACAUGGGGGGAGGCUACUCGGCUUGGGUUGACUCUGGAUUUGCCGGCGACAAACCCCCGGAGGAGCUCAAGAUUGCUUGCAAGUUCCGCCCAAACGAUAACUAACCAGCCCGGUUUGUCAUUUACUAAAACGGCCGUUUAUGUAUUUCCGUUUGAUGCAUAAAGAACGAAGGAAAACUUUUGAAAUAAAGUGUUGUAGACAUUUGAAAACAUUCGGUUGUGUAUACACCAAACAGCAUGUUCUUUGUGUGAGUAAACUAUUGAAAAUUGAUGACCAG